AUGAAAACUAGAAAACUAUUAAAGGAUUUCUGUAAAUAUGUUUAUUACGCUGGCAUUGGCAACUAUUGGUCUGAAAAUAUGUACCCAGAGACUGUCCUGUAUAAGAUGUAUACAACGGUCUCAUUUUCCAUUUACACCACAAUGAUUUUCCUGGAAAAUCUAGCGGCUUUGUUCGGUGAUUUCCCUGAAGUGGAAAAGAAUUCAGCCAAUAUGUUUUUCGCUAUUCAUAACAUCGUACUAACUAAAAUGGCCCUUCUUAUGUACCAUAAAGAAUCUAUAAGAAAGUUGAAUUUCGAAAUGGCUGCCGUUGGUGAAAAAUUUGAAGAGGAACACGUUAUGAAACGGCAGUAUUUGAAAGUUAAAAUUGGCAUUUUAUUGUAUGUCGUUUCGGUUUAUUUGUCGUUGGGCGCUUACGGAGUCGAGAGCACGAGACGGGCAUAUGCUGAAGGUGUUCCAUUCUACACAGUGGUGACCUACUUGCCUUAUUAUGACGAUGACUCAACAAUUGCUUCAUUUUUCCGAGUAUUUUUCUACGUUACCUGGUUAUACAUGAUGUUGCCUAUGAUGUCAGCAGACUGUUUGCCCAUAGCCCAUCUCGUCAUGCUAGCCUUCAAGUUUAUGACCCUAUGUCAUCAUUACGACAGGAUCAGGGAAGAGUUCGACCAUGACGUUUUGACAUUAAAUAAGAAGAGGGCAGUAGAAAAGCUGAAAGCUGGGUUUUUGGAAGGAAUACUAAUGCAUCAACAGCUUUUACAUUUAGCCGACGAAAUACAUCGUGUUUUUGGGAUAAUAAUGUCACUCCAAGUUUGUGAAAGUUCUGCUGUUGCGGUUCUGCUUCUGCUACGCUUAGCGUUGUCUCCUCACAUGGAUCUUACGAACGCAUUUAUGACGUAUACGUUUGUAUGCUCUUUGUUUAUUCUCUUGGCUCUUAAUUUGUGGAACGCGGGAGAAAUAACUUAUCAGGCUUCGUUACUAUCAGGGUCCAUGUUCUACAGCGGAUGGUAUCUGUGUGAGAUGGAAGAGCACGGUAAAGACAUCCGCCAUUUUGUUCUCAUCAGCUGUGCGCAAGCGCAAAAACCACUCAUACUAAAAGCGUUUGGAGUACAAGAGUUGUCAUAUGAAACAUUUGUAUCGGUUGCAAGGAUGACUUAUUCAAUCUUCGCUGUAUUUUAUCAAAGAGGCGAGUAA